UUUAAAUAAGCGAUGAAAGAAGCAAGGAAGAUGGAUGUGGACUACUACAAAUGUUUUUAGAUUCCUUUGGCCAUUUGAACAAUCCAAUAAGUUCUCCCUCUCCGAGGAGACCAUAAAACUCCAUUAUUUUAAUGGCUUAACACAGUUUCACCAUCUCAAUAAAAAGAAAAUGGCACUCCCAAUUUCCCUCCACUUUUUCCUUCUCCCCAAGUUUCCGUUUCACAGCGCUUCCUCUCUCUGUCCCUUUGCGAGGACUGAAUAGCAAAAAGAUUCCCUUCUCUCCUCUCCCAUCUGCACAUUUUACAGAGAGGUACGGUUUGGUUUGAGGAAUUGAACUGAGCCCUCCAUUGUUCUUCGGAUUAAACCAAAACCCAUCUCUCAAAUCCGACUGAAUUCUUCAAUGAAAUCCAAAUCUCCCCAUGAUUUGAGGUAUUAGUGAACAAACCCCAGAUGGGUUUUGAAUCCUUUUUCUUCAUCAUCUUCUUCCUCAUUUCCCUCUCUUGUUUGGUUGAAUCUGGUUCUGAUUACACCACAUUGAUCUACAAGGGCUGCGCCAAGCAAGGAUUCUCAGAUCCAAAUGGCGUUUAUUCACAAGCUCUGGCUGCUUUGUUCGGCUCUUUAGUUUCACAAUCCGCCAAAGGCUCCAAGUUCUUCAAAACCACCUCCGGCACCGCCCAAACCUCCAUCACCGCCCAAACCUCCAUCACCGGCCUCUUCCAAUGCCGAGGGGAUCUCAGCAACUCCGAUUGCUACAACUGUGUGAGCAAACUCCCUGAAUUAGCCGAUAGUCUCUGCGGCAAAACCAUUGCAGGUAGAGUUCAUCUCUCAGGCUGCUAUUUGCUGUAUGAGUUUCCUGGGUUUGCUCAGAUAUCAGGGUUUGAAAUGCUGUAUAAAACUUGUGGGGCUACGAACAUUGCUGGAAGUGGGUUUGAAGAGAGGAGGGAUACAGGGUUAUCUGUGCUGGAGAAUGGCGUGGUGAGUGGCCAUGGAUUCUACACUACUAACUAUCAAUUUCUGUAUGUGUUGGCUCAAUGUGAAGGAGAUUUGGGGGAUUCUGAUUGUGGUGAGUGUGUGAAACAUGCUGUGCAAAGAGCUCAGGUUGAAUGUGGAAGCUCAAUUUCAGGGCAAGUUUAUUUGUAUAAGUGCUUUAUCAGUUAUAGUUAUUACCCAAAUGGAGUUCCAAGGAGAUCUUCAUCAUCUUCUUCUUCUUCAUCAUCAUAUUCUUCAUCUCCAUCAGGGAUGGGGCAAAACACAGGGAAGACAGUGGCAGUGAUAUUAGGAGGGGCAGCAGGUGUGGGAUUUCUGGUAAUUUGCUUGCUUUUCAUCAGAGGUUUGAAGAAGAAACAUGAUGGUAUGCAUCAAGAACAUGAGUUUGAUGCCAAUUUCUGCCAUUUUUGGUUCAAAAACUUCCAUUGAUUGAUCGAGUUCAUCUUCUAUAAUCUGCAGGACAUUGAUACAGAGGAAGAGUCAAAGUUUUUUUGAGGUAAAAAAAUGGAAAGACAAAAAUCCAAAUUGCUUUAGUUUUCUUUUGCUUUGUCUUAUAAAGAGGAUGAGAAUUUUUUUGAGUUGACAAAGACUGUUCUUAGUACUGUGGUCUGAAAAGCUUGCUGAUAAGAGAAGAAGGAAUAUCAGUGCAUGGAAGGAAGCGAAGGUAACAAAAAGAAAAAGGAAAAAGGAAAAAGGAAAUAUCAGAACUGAAGGAGAAGGGAAGAAUGUUUUUUUUUUCUCUUUCCUUUUUUUUUUUUUUAUAAAUAUUUUUGUUAUCUUAUUGCUUUCUUUAUAGCCAUGUGGGUGUUUGUCUCUUUUCUUAUAUCUCCGACUCCGGUUUGUUUCUCCUCAUAACUCAGAUCUUUAUAUGCUGUAAAAAAGCUGCCUUCUUCUCGAAGAUUUCAAAGUCCAACUAUUUUACUAUAAAUCUUUAGGUUUUGUGCAUACUCUUAAAUGUUAAAACGAUUCAUUCCCGUUGGUUUUUGUUUGGUUAGCAAUGGUAGCAGUGAGAGAUCGAACCAUCAACUUUUGUAAUGAUAACUGAUGUCUUAUUCAAUAAGUUAUGCUUGAAUUGUUAA